AUGGAUGCUGUGCGGAAAUCGUCUCUGUCCGUAACGAUUUUCCAUCCCACGGCUGCGGGUACCAUCGGAACGGGGGAGGACACAGGUGACUUCAGACGGAGUUGGGUUUCGGAACGGCAGAUACCCUCAAUUCAGGAAUGUCUCAAGACGACGGAAUUUGUCGUCGUAUGCAAAGCCUCCCGGAGCAUUAUUGGCUGGCAUGGGUUUCAUACGGCUUUCGAUAUGUUAAAUAGUUGA